AUGUCGUUCCUCUCCUUCCUUGGCUCUUUACUCCCGACACGCUUUUUCGCUGACAACAUUAAGACCGCCCAGACCGACGAGAUCGACGAGGACGUCGCCACCAUGGAGCAGUCCGAAAAGUUCCCUCUCUUUCCCAGGCUGCCCGCCGAGCUGCGCCACAUGAUCAUCAACGAAGCGCUCUACGAGCACGAGGAGGAGACACAUCGCGUCGCGCUCUUCGAUCCACUGACCUGCCGCAUCUCCCCUACCAAGGAGCUCGCUUCCAUGGCCUCCCCUCUUCUGUUCGUCAAUACCGAGUUCCGCAGCAUCGCGCUCAAGGUCUACACCAAGGUCGACGUCUUCGACCUCGGCGCCCCAACGGAAGACCAGUACGGCCAUGAGAGUGACUGGUACAUGGUGCCAAUGAAUCGUGAAUACUUGCUCUACUCUCACGCUGUUUGCGAACAGAUGGAGGAGGAGCUAGAGGAUCAGAGCGUGCAGAAGGGCUGCCUGUACAUCAACCCCAAGAAGGACACAUUCAUCACCGGUAGUGUCCCACGGCAGGUCGCGCUCACGACUACCUUCCGCUCCCAGCCCGGCGAACCUGACCAACCUUGGAAGAUACCACGGGACUUCGUGACAGAGCAGCUCGAGGAGGACACCUGCGCCAAGAUCACCACGGUGCGGGAGCUCGAGUGGGACCUCGACGACAGGUGCCUCGGCUGCGGCACGUGCCUGCUCUGUGGGCGCAUCAGCCGCCCGUGCUGCACGGAGGACUUCUUCGAUGAGAGGGGAUCAGGGUGGAGGCCUUUCCACAGUGAAGAUUUCUUCACCGGCGUCGAGUCCUUCGGCUUCUACCUGUUGACCGCAGGGGACGACAUGCAGCAGUUCCUUCACAGUCUGACCAUCAUGAGUGGCAAGGACUGUUUGGAGGAGGAAUGGGACAAGAACUACCUGGAAUUUGAUCUCGGACGGCUUCGGGAGUAA